GAUGGACGGUUUUCCAUUUCGGAGACACUGAACCUAAGCCUCUGAACGUAGGAGCAGUCCACCCUCCCACAGCCUUACAUCCGUCAAUCCCGCCUUCUGGUGUCUCUGGUCAGCCCGGAAGCCAAGCGCCGUCAGCAUCUCAGGCUCCAGCUCAGUCCAAUGCCCCGGCGACCGCAGGGCCUGCCGCCGGUGGUAGUGCACGGCAUUCCGAAGAGAAAAUCAAGCUGCUGACAGAUCUGGGAAUAUCGCGGGGAGAGGCCCUGCAGGCGCUGGAUGCCGCUGGCGGUAAUGCGGAUGCUGCUGCCAACAUGCUCUUUGGCUAGAGUGAAGGCGUAUUGGCGCAGUAGAAGGAGUCUCUUUUUGGGGCGUAUACAUACGUUUAAUCAUGAAAGUCUGUCACAUAUUGAGUACGGAGGAGAUAUCAAAGUUGAAGUUGCUGGGAACAAUCAGGGAACAAUCAGGGCUCCAGGCUCCUUGUACAUUGCGCAAAUACCUUUGGCUAAGCUUGAUCAGAAGGAAGAAUGAC